GGGCGGGCGGCAGGCAACUUCCGGUGCGGGCGGACGGUCGGGCCGAGUGGCGGGAGGUCCCGCGUGUCCGUGUAGUCGCGGCCCGGGGGCAGCACGGACACAGACACAGAGAGAGAGAUUAUAGAGAGAGGGAGCGGUGACGGCGCCAUGAUGACGCUCGAUUUCCUCAAUGAUGUGCGGCGCAUGAAUAAGCGGCAGCUGUACUAUCAGGUGUUGAAUUUUGGCAUGAUCGUGUCAUCUGCCCUGAUGAUAUGGAAGGGACUGAUGGUUCUCACAGGGAGUGAGAGUCCAAUCGUAGUUGUACUCAGUGGGAGCAUGGAACCGGCGUUCCAUCGGGGGGACCUGCUAUUCCUGACAAACCGCGUGGAAGAUCCUAUCAGAGUCGGCGAAAUCGUUGUCUUCAGGAUUGAAGGGCGAGAAAUUCCAAUUGUGCACAGAGUGCUGAAGAUUCACGAGAAGGGAUCAGGGGACAUCAAGUUCCUGACAAAAGGUGACAACAAUGCUGUGGAUGACAGAGGCCUCUAUCGCCAGGGACAACAUUGGCUCGAGAAGAAAGAUGUUGUGGGAAGAGCUCGUGGGUUUGUCCCUUACAUUGGCAUAGUGACCAUUCUUAUGAAUGACUACCCCAAAUUUAAGUACGCAGUGCUCGUUUUGCUGGGACUGUUUGUGCUGGUCCAUCGAGAGUAAAAGACGGAAGGACAUCGUCUGAGGAGAGCAGUGGAGUUUCACACUCGGGGCCAAAUGUUCCAGGUGACCAAUAGUCGUGCGAUCCUGCAGCUAUUCCCAGGGACUCCUGCUUCCUGACAGAUGUCGAUUCGGUGUUUUUAAUGAAGAUCUGUGCCGUAGAACCGUUGAAUGAUGGACAGAAAGAUGCCAUCUACCGUGCAAACGCUUUUGGAUUCUGCAUCUUAAAUUUCUAGUGCAAAGUGAUCAUUGGCUUAUCUGGCAGAGAGGAGGAAGUGGGGAGUGGGGGGGGGGGGGGGGGGGGGUAUAGUCGGCAGUGGGCGGUUUUAAACCCAGGGUUGCAAUUCCUAGCUUGGACCUUGUGUGGUUUGCAGUAGAUGUUUCGGUAUAGAUUGAAAGUGUUCCAUCUUGCAGUCAAAAUGUGUAGGAAGGAACUGCAGAUGCUGGUUUAAACCGAAGGUUGAUGCUAGAAGCUGGAGUAACUCAGCUGGUCAGAUUGCAUCUCUGGAGAAAAGGAGGAGAUGAAAUUUCCAUCGAGUGUGAAGAAACCUGAAAAGUCACCCAUUCCUUCUCUCCCGCGAUCCUGCCUGACCUGCUGAGUUGCUCCAGCUUUUUUUGUGUCUAUUUUCUAUCCUGCAGUGUUGUGUGUUGGCUCUCUGCUGACAGACAUCACAAGCACAUCUCCUCCCCUCAGUGCCAGCUUUAUGGUUCAGACACUGGCCAGAGGGCCGUUCUCCCUGUGAUUGAGUUUGCCCGUACUGCCCCCUGCACCUCACCAGUCAAUCCCAGUCUACCCCAGCGAUCCCAACUGCAGUCCAUGGACAGGAGCUGACACUUGUAAAUCCACAAAGAUAGUUAAAACCAGGGCCAAGCAUAUAGCACAGCCAGGAGUUUUAUAUACUCUUUGGUAAGAAUGAAAAUGCCCAGAUUCUCAGCUUUAAUUACAGGCCACCAUUUUGAGAUGAAUUCCACAAUCUAAAGUGUAUCAAUUUUGGACAAUUGUGUAUUCUUGUACACAAUUACAUUGUUACAUAGAUAGUACAAUUGGGAAUCUUAUCAUUGUGUGAUUAAAAUCAACAUGUGAAAUGGCAGCAGGUGGAACCAUAUCUGUGCAAAGAAAGCCAUUAAUGUUUCAGAUCCAACGUUCUUCGUUGCUGCUUGGAUGAAGAAAACGGGUUAGUUUGGGUGGGACUGUUAACUGCUCUGCUUGCCAUAGAUGCUGCCUGACCGGCUGAGUGUUUGCAGCGUUUUUUUUUAAAUUUUGUGUCUCCAGUACCUGCAGACUUUAUUUUGAUUUUCAUCUUCUCUUUCCAGUCUUACUGGAUGGAAUGAUGGCAAACUGCUGGUGUUUUUUUAAAAUUUGCAUUUAGGACAGAUUUUUGGCAAUCUCUUGAGCUGAAGACAAUUGAUUUACAAUAUAUUGCACAAAAUGGGCAAUACCCUGCUGGGAAUCUUAAUAUAUCUGAACAUAAGAAAUAGGAGCAGAAAUAAGUAUGCCAUCCAGCUCUUUACACCUGCCCUGCCAUCCAUCAGAGUCUAAUAUCACAGCAGCAUUUUCCAUCACCACAUCCUUAGGUUUCUCCCCUGAUAUCUAAGAAAUCUCUUGGCCUCUUUCUUGACUACACUCAGUAACUGAGCACUGGGGGGUAGAGAAUCCCAAAGAUUUGUUCCCCAUGUGACUGAAGCAAUGCCCCCUCUCUGAUCAAUCUGAAAUGGCCAUCCCUGUAUUCGGUAACAGUGUCCCCUGGCCCGAGAUGACUCAACCAGGGAAACUACCUCCUUGCAUCUAGCUAGUCACACCCUUGUGUGUGUGUGUGUGUGGGGGGGGGGGGGGGGCAAGGAUCAAUAAGACCACUUUUCCCAAACUCUAGAGACUACAAUCCCAAUCUCCUCAUGUUGUUACUGGGACCUGUCGAGUGUUAACUACCAUUUGCUUUUCAUCACCCUUUUCAUCACAUUUAUUUGAGGAGGGGGCUGCAUACAAUUAGAUUACUUUGUGAUGAGAACCUGGCAGUUACUCAUAAUUGAGUGUUAAGGAUUAUACAGAUGAACCCUGCCACAUACUCUUGCUUUGUCCAGUAAAGAUAUAUCUUCAAAUAUUAAUAUGGCUCUCUGCAGCUGCUUGUUAACUGAUAAUAGGCAAUAUGAUCAGUGCUUAUCUCUCAGUUUAAACACCUUGUGUCUUUUAUGGACAUUUUUAGUAUUUUUGUGCUUCAAACUGCACAAAAUCUCUGCUCAUCCUUUCUUCUUUUGGACUUGCUCUCUCUGCACCAACUUUUCAAGCCCGCCCUGCCAUUUUAUUUUAUACAACAAACUUUGAUUUAUGCACAUCCUCGACUUUUCCUUGCAACCGGCAAAAUCAAAAAUUCUUUGGUAACUAAUCUGACUGGAAAAUAAAAGUGUUUGCUGUUUUUAAUUUGCAGUUGAAUUACACAACACCGAAUCUGACUUUGUUGUACUGUCAUUGAGAUUGCCAGCGUGAUAUUUUGGAAGCAGAGUUCCUUGUAUUCAUGAUGAUUCCAAUUUACUUUGUACGGCUAUACUGUGAGAAACUGUGGCCCUGUUCCCUCAAGAAGUCACUUCUCAAGAAUCUUGUUGGGGUCGGUGAGUUGGGGGGAAAUCAGUGCAUCAAUAAAACCAUUUCUGUAA